AUGGCAGGCUGGGGUCUCUUCUUCGUCUCUCUGCUCAACUACAAGACAGAGAAAUAUGUCAUCGCAGAGAACAGGAAGAUUGGAAUAUUGUUUCGUCUCUAUCAGCUGGCCGUACUGGGAUACAUAAUAGGGUGGGUGUUUGUGGUGAGGAAGGGCUACCAGGAGAGAGAGGAGGCCAUCCAGACGUCAGUCAUCACCAAGCUCAAAGGUGUCACACUGACCAACAGUUCAGAAUCUGGGCUCCACCUCUGGAGCGCUGAGGAUUACGUCAUACCCCCAAAUGGCGAGCAGGUGUUCUUCAUAGUAACAAAUUACAUAGAGACGCCCAAUCAGAGACUGGGCUUCUGUGCUGAGAGUUACAAGGUGCCUAAUGGACGAUGUCUCAGUGAUGAUGACUGCGUGGAAGGGGAGGCUGUAACAGCCGGCCAUGGGGUGAAGACCGGCCUGUGCAUAAACAGCACCGGGACCUGUGAGAUUCACGCCUGGUGUCCGGUCGAAUACACCAAGCGGCCCGCAGAGCCUUUACUGAGCGAGGCAGAAAACUUCACCAUCUACAUCAAGAAUUUCAUCCGCUUCCCAAAGUUUGAAUUCUCCAAGUCUAACGUCCUUGAAACCGCUGACGACAGCUACCUGAAGAGAUGCUCCUACGACAGAGAGAAUCAUCAUUACUGCCCUAUCUUCCGCCUUGGAGAUCUGGUCAGCUGGACUGGACACGACUUCCAGGACAUGGCUGUGAAGGGGGGGUCUGUUGGGAUCCUUAUCGAGUGGAUCUGUGACCUGGAUAGGGACUCUUCACAGUGUAAUCCACAUUACAGCUUCACUCGUUUGGACAUGAACUUGAACAACUCAGUCACAUCAGGAUACAACUUCAGAUAUGCCAGGUAUUACAAGGAUCAAAAUGGUGAAACCUAUCGCACUUUGUAUAAAGUGUUUGGAAUUCGCUUCGACAUAAUGAUCAACGGCAAGGCUGGAAAAUUCAACAUCGUUCCCACAAUAAUUGCCAUUGGCUCUGGUAUUGCCCUGCUGGGUGCUGGAGCCUUUGCCUGUGAUAUGAUUCUACUCUACAUGAUGAACACGAGCUCCUUCUACCGAGAGAGAAAGUUUGAAAUCAUCAACUUCAAGAAGGACCGGACCAAAAGCAAGGAAGGGAAGACUGGACACCGGGAGAGGAGAGCCAGGAAACCAGGGGCAGAGAAAGGUGUCGGCAACUCUAGCAAAGAGGAGGAAACUGAAGCCAGUAAGGAAUCUUCUCCCACAGCAGAGGAAAAAAAGGGUCCCACCAUUCCACGCAACACAGGUCAAAGAUACAACUCCGCUCUCCCCACCCACGUUUCAGAGCAGAAGAACCACAUCACGUUCUCGCCAAACAGUUAA